AGGUCAGGGGUGACAUGUACUUGUGACUGAUAUGGAAUAUAAAGUUAAAGUUCCUGGUGAUUUUAAGUUUUACCUGAAUUAAGACGUACGAAAAGUCACAAGUUUUUCUAAUGUUGUACAGACGGGGUCAUACACCGAAGGUUCAAUAGUCCGAAGAUACCCACACGUCUUAUUAUGACUAAACAUUUUGAAUCAUUUCAUGAAAACAAAAGGCUGUUCUUGUUAUAACGACACCACGUUUGCCCCUUUUUAAGACGCCAUUUUAAAAGCUGAGCCAAAAUACUGCCUAACUCAAAUUCCCCCUGACAGACAUACAUUGUACAUGUACGUACUGGAUUUUUGCCUUUACACAAUGGCUGAAGUAUCUAUCCAGAUUAGUGUUGAAGCCCAAACUUCAUUUCUUCAAAAUGCUUUUAGACUGAGAUCUGACCAGUGCUAUUGUGACAUAGAAAUUCACAUAGGAAACACAUCCUGUAGCGCCCAUAAACUCAUCCUUGUCUCUUACUCCAAAUACUUUGCUGAUUAUUUCCGUCUUUUAAAUUCUAACCAGUCGCACAUUAUGCUUCCUGAUAUGAAUUGGGAGAUGUUCAGCUAUAUCCUAGACUAUAUGUAUGGCCAGGAAAUCAAGAUACCAGUCCCUUGCUGGGAUGAAUUUCUAAAGGCUGCUAAAAAAUUGGAGAUUCCGGAUUUGCUUGACAAGUGGGAUACAGGCCAAAGACGAGGCUUGAAAACUGAAGGUGUACUUGAUAUUACAUGCAAGUCCAUGACCUCAGCAGUUUCUACACCCAGCUUUGAUAUUAAAGAUGAGUGUAAUACAUUGGAUGAUGGUGAUGAGGAUGACUGUACAAAUGAAAUGUCAGCUUGUGCUACUAGAACAGAACAGGGAGAUGUGUAUAAUGUCUUGGGUGUUGAGGAGUCCCUUAAAUCUAGUUCUGGAUCCUUGGUAGGCAUGAAAAUAGAUAUUACAGAGCAAUUUACAACUGAAGAGAAGUGGAAACCUUUAGAAGAUUUGAAUAUUCUUGAUAAGACCUGCAGUUUAUCCAAGUUCAGUUUACCAGGCCUCAGUGGUGGAAGUGAAUACAGGGGCAAAUAUACCUGUGUUACAUGCAAAUCUAUUUUUCCCAAUAUAACAGAAAAAAGUUUACACUACUUGGCCAGAAGCUGCUCUGGUGGUCUGCUAAAAGUUGCACGACAGAGGUUUUGUAGGAAUUUUAAAAAAGAAAGCAGAAGAAAAAUUCCUGUUAAAACAAAUAUUCCAAGCCAUGUGUGUUACACUUGCUUUAAAGGAUUCAUAUCCAAGUCUGCACUUUUGAGACAUUUUCAGUUAAACCACAAGAAGAAAAGUUUAUGGAAAUUUCCAUCUAGUCAAGUAAGGGAUAGGAAAAACACUGCAGCUGCUACAAAGUCUAAAAAUAUCCCAUUUCCAUUAAAAAUACCUAGUGGCGAAGGAAGAGGCAGUGAAUUUACACUGGAUGAAAUAACAAGAGGUUUGAAUCGAUGUGAACAGUGUGGUAAUGUGUUUGCAAACGAAAAGGCUCUGGUGAUGCAUCGGGUUAAGACACACGGCUUGGGUGUGUUUCUGCAGGCUUUUCACUGUCCUAACUGCCCUCAGGAGUUCAAUGUCAAAGAAUUCUACAGAUGGCACCAUAUUAGAAAACAUAAGAAAUAUAUUCAAGUCUGCUCAGAAGAGGAAUGUGAUUUUACAUGCACUACUAUUCAAGAUAUCACCAAUCAUUUGAAGAAAGAACACAACACUGAUCCUCCUCACAAGUGCCCCUUCUGUAACUAUGUUACUCCCUUAAAAGGUUAUUUAAAACGGCACAUCGAUAGGCAUUUUCUUCGUGGCAAGUUAUACAUUUGUGAGCUGUGUUCGAAGGUGUAUAUGAAUGAGAAAAGGCUAUUGCAGCAUAAGUACUCCCACCAUGGUUUGGUUGAUGCAGAUAAAGUUGUACGAUGUACUUAUCAAGAUUGUUCAUUCCUGACAUAUAGUUCAGUUACUAUGGAGAAUCAUUGCAGAGCUAAGCACACCGAAGAGAAGAAUUUCCCAUGCCCCCAGUGCAAUAAAAGGCUCUCAACCAAAAGAUCAUUACAUGCCCAUAUAUUGUCUCGACAUGAAUUGCGCUAUACAUGCAAUUGUCCAAACUGUGGCAAAAUGUUGAUUGACAAGGCGGCUUUGAAGCUUCAUCAGUUGCGGUGCACCAGAGCUCCAAAGACCUUUUUAUGUACUCAGUGUGACCACUCUUCAUAUGCCAAAGGGGAACUUGAAGCUCACCAGUUUAAGAAACAUGGUAUACUCCCAAGCAAAGGCAAGAUUUAUAGUUGUGAACUUUGUGACUACACAUGUACAAUGAAAUGUACCUUAAGUCGCCAUAUGCGGAUACACACAGGAGAAAGGCCAGAAGUUUGCGACAUUUGCGGUAAAAAAUUUCCCAUAGGCAGCCUAAGGGCUCACAUGAAGGUUCACAAUACUACUUAUGACUUUCAAUGCAUGUACUGUGAUUACAAAACUCAGGUAGGUUUUAUAAAUAUCUUUCUUUUAUUUAUGUGCCAGUUUAUAUAUGUUUAUUGUAAUGAACUUAUAGGAUUUAAAAUAAGCACUUCUAGCAUGCUUUAGUUGAGCUACCUCUACUAACUGAAAUGAAUUUUGACCAUGCUUUCAGUUUUUCCUUAGAAAACUAACUUCAACUUGCUGAUUCAAGACACUGUCUAAAUGCAUUUCCCAGCUAAUUUUAAUUUUAGGUUGGUGCUUCCA